AUGCAAAGGCAUGUGGCCGAACCUGUGUUCCAUUCACCGUUCACCGCAACUCUUCGCGGACUUCACGACCUUUGCCCCUGUGCUGUUCAUCCUGUCGAAUGUGCUUGUUGCGUCUCAGUCAAGAUGAAGUUCUUCAAUGUCAUUGAUGGCCAGCGCCGCGGCAGCGAUAAACACCACCGAUGCAUCGAUCCCCGCACAGAAGAGCCCCUCUGGGACGCCCCUAUUGCUACCGUCCAUGAUCUCGCGAAUGCCGUUGCCGCAGCCCAGAAAGCCCUCAAGGCGUGGUCCAAGACCACGAUUGACGAGCGGUGCGAUUACCUACGCAGGAUUGUUGAAGUAUACACCACACACAAGGAGGAGCUGAUGGAGAUCGUCAUGAAGGAGACCGGGAAAUCGAGACUCGUGGCCCAGAUCGAGAUUGGAAACACCUGCGACCAAACCAUGUACUACACCAAGGUCCAUCUCGAAGACGAGAUCACUUCUGAGGACGACAAGCUCAAGAUCGUUGCCACGCAUCACCCUUUGGGCGUUGUUGGCGCCAUCUGCCCCUGGAACUUCCCCUUGAUUUUAUCAAAUAUCAAGGUGGUCUCCUCACUCAUCACGGGCAACUGCAUAAUUGUCAAACCCUCGCCCUUCACGCCCUACUCUGUUAUGAAGUCCAUCGAGCUCCUCAUCGACGUAUUCCCUCCCGGUGUAAUCCAGGUACUCAAUGGCGGCGCCGACCUCGGCAUCGCCAUGACGCUGCACCCAGGCAUUGCGAAAAUCAGCUUCACGGGGACCAUCGCCACGGGCAAAAGCGUCAUGGCCAACUGCGCCAAAACCUUGAAACGGUUGACGCUGGAGCUGGCUGGCAAUGACGCGGCCAUCGUCACGGACGAUGUCGACAUUGGAGAGGUGGCAGGGCGGGUUGCUACCGGAUGUUUUCUCAACGCCGGCCAGAUGUGCGUGGCCACAAAGCGCGUCUACGUUCACGAGUCGAUCUACGACGAAUUUCUCGAGAAAUUCACCAGCGAGGUGAAAAUGUCUUUCUCAAUCAAAAGCGACGCUACCUCGCCUAGUUUGUUCGGUCCAGUCUCAAACAAGAUGCAGUAUGACAGUGUCAAAGAUAUUGCCGACCAUUACAAGAGGAAUGGCUACAGCGUUAUCGCAACCGAGCUUCCCCUGGAUUCCAAGGGCUUUUGGGUGCCGCCUACUAUCGUCACAAAGCCCCCGGAAGACUCGAUUCUUGUCCGGGAAGAACAAUUCGGUUCGUAUUGUCCCGAUCUCCCUUUCACUCGCUGCCCAAUCCUCCCGAUCCUCACCUGGACUGACGAAGAGGAGGUGAUCCAACGCGCCAACCUGAGCAACGCCGGCCUCGGAGCGUCCGUCUACUGCAGAGAUGUAGGCAGGGCUGAAAGCAUAGCUAGAAAGAUCGAGGCAGGGACGGUUUCGAUCAAUGUGCCCGAGCUGCCAAACGUCGGCGGCUACUUUGCCGGGAUGAAGGACAGUGGCCACGGUGGGGAGAUGGGCAAGCAGGGGUUGUUAUCCUAUUGCUACACCCAAAGCCUUCACUUCGCAAAGACUUGA